CCCCCACAUACAAUCAGCUCCUCCCCCACAAUAGUUUGCAUCCUUUUUUUAAUCAAUCAAUUUCUGGGCAUGCUCAUAAAGUCUGUUCUCUUUCCUCGUGGUGACUCAAGAAGACAAGAUGACGAAGAUUACGAGAGAAGCGCUGGUCGAGUGUGUCAAAGGCGUUCUCGCUGGCUCCCAAGAAAAGAAGCGUGGCUUUCAAGAGACAGUGGAACUGCAAAUCUCUCUAAAAAACUACGACCCUCAGAAGGACAAGCGUUUUAGUGGAACCGUCAGGCUGCGACAUAUCGCCCGCCCAAAGCUGAAGGUGUGCGUGCUGGGAGAUGCUUCCCAUUGUGACGAGGCCACUGCUAAGGGGAUCCCGUGCAUGGACGUGGCUGCCCUCAAGAAACUCAAUAAAGACAAGAAAUUAGUUAAGAAACUAGCCAAAAAAUACGAUGCCUUCCUUGCUUCUGAUAGUCUCAUCAAGCAGAUCCCACGUAUUCUGGGUCCUGGGCUCAGCAAGGCAGGGAAAUUCCCCUCCCUCCUCACACACACGGACAGCAUGUUAGUGAAGGUCGAGGAGGUCAAAGGCACCAUUAAGUUCCAGAUGAAAAAGGUUCUGUGUCUGGCUGUUGCCAUUGGUCAUGUUGGUAUGUCAGAAGAUGACUUGGUGUCCAACAUCAACCUGGGUGUGAACUUCCUCGUCUCUCUGCUCAAGAAAAACUGGCAGAAUGUGCGAGCUCUUUAUAUCAAGAGCACCAUGGGAAAGCCACAGCGAUUGUACUAGAACUGAACUGAAAAUUGUGUUUAUAAAUUGAUGAAAAUACUCGUUUCAUUUAAGACGAUCUUUACCUAUUACUAA